AUGGUUCUUACAACCCCAUAUCCCCACUGGAAUGAAGAAUGUCCACCGAUUUGUAAUGUUAAACGUACAACGGAGACGGCUAUCCAAAAUUAUGCAUCCUCCGAUGAUACAGUGCCAUUGUUUGACGAGGUUGGAGUAAGUGAUAAAGAUUUCGUGGAAGAUGUGGAUCAUGCAUGGGAAGGUGUAGAAAAUGACUCCGGUGAUGACGAAGUUGGAGGGUAUCAUGAUAUGCAGGAGGUACACACAAAUGUCCACAUCCCUUUCUACCAUAAUUUGCAUUUCGACAAUGAUGGUUCCAUCACUAGCCGUGAUGUUGUCGAACGUUGGCCAUUGUGGGACUUCGAAACUACUCAUUUGGAGAAAGGAAUGAUAUUUAUUGAUAAGAAAAGACUAAUGCACGCUGUUCAGUUGUAUAACCUGAAGCGCAAUCGACAAUGCAAGGUCGUAGAAUCCAAAGGAAACAGUUGGGUGGCCGAGUGCAAGCAUAGCUGCAACUGGAGGGUUCGGGCAACGAAGUUAAAAGACAAAGAUUUCUUUCAAAUUAGAAGGUUUGAAGCACCGUAUCAGUGUGUGUACCCUAGAAUGAAUAGGGACAAUUGCAACCUCAAGUCCGAGGUCAUUGCUCAUUUCAUCAAGGCACAAAUUGCGAUAUCACCAGAAUUGCCUCUUGCUACCAUAAUUGAGGUUGUGAAGGAGAAGUUUCAGUUCACUAUAUCAUAUAAGAAAGCGUGGCUUGCAAGGACGAAGGCAGUUGCAAUGGUGUUUGGUGACUGGGACGAGUCGUACCGAAGGUUGCCUAGAUAUAUGGUUGCAUUGCAGGCAUUCAAUCCAGGCACAGUUGUCAUGUGGGACAUGAUUCUGAAUUUGCACUCUACCUUAAUCGGAACUGAAAUGUACAUAAACUAUGUGUUCUGGGCAUUUAAACCUGCAAUAGAAGGCUUCAAGUAUUGUCAUCCAGUGAUAUGCAUUGACGGCACACACUUGUACGGGAAAUACGAAGGGAAGAUUGUUGCGGCCACUGUAGUGACUGCUGCGGACAAGAUUGUACCUCUUGCCUUUGCCGUUGUUAACAAGAAGAUGAUCGAGAGUUGGGGUUGGUUCAUUACUCUGCUUAGGCGACAUGUGUGCCGUGACCGAGAGGGGGUCACAUUGAUAUCCGAUCGACACACAGCUUUGCUUAAUGUCGUGUCAAGAAUUUGGGACAAUCCGGCAGUUCAACCAAGAGGGUACCAUAAGUAUUGCUUGCGACACGUAUGUAGCAAUUUCAAUGAAAGAUUCGGCAAUACAGUAGCGAAGGAUCUUGUGUGGAGAGCUGGUUCUGCACGGCAAGUGUGGAAGUUUAACAAGAUUAUGGACGAUAUCUACAAGCUCGAGAAGGAUGUUGAACGGUGGUUUAGACGGAUGAACCCUAUUCAUUGGACAUUGUGCCAUGAUGGUGGUUGUCGUUGGGGCAUAUUGACGACAAACCAUAUAGAGAGCUUCAAUGGUGUACUGAAAGGCGCACGCAGUGUUCCCAUUACAGCAUCAGUUGAGAUAACUUUUUAUCAGCUCGUGAAAUAUUUUGACGAGGGCAGGACCAUUGCUGAAAAUACGAGUAAUCAGGGUCACUUGUACACGACUAAUGUUCAACGAUGGAUUGACGAGCACCAAGCUAAAGCAAGUGUGCAUAUGCUGGUACCGAUUAAUAGGGGAAUAGGGGAAUAUGAGGUGAGGACAGCACCGCAUGGAAUGGGGAGUGGUGCUCGUCAAAUAGUUAGUCUCCGACCACCGAGUUGUUCAUGUGGGAAGUGCACAUUAUGUCACUUGCCAUGUUCCCACAUGCUUGCUGUGACAGCAAACUUGGGCGAGGACCCUUUUCCUUUCGUUGCACUAGAGUAUAGGUUGGAAGUCCACAAGCGUAUCUUCGCGCAGAAGUUUAGGCCCAUGCCGCAUGAGCAAUAUUGGCCUGACAAUGAUUACCCAACUUUGCUUGCUAUUCCAGCUCGACAACGUGAAGUUAAAACGGGUUGUCCUCAACAUAGUCGCAUCCACAACGAAAUGGAUACUUCCAGACAAAGUGGAUUGCACCAUUGUAAUUUGUGUUUGCAAAGAGGGCAUGAUAAGAGAAAAUGUCCAGCGAGAAUCCAAUCGAUUCGACAGUAG